GUUAGUAGAGGGUCGUGUUAAAUAGUUGUCGAGUAAAAGUGCUUCCACCUUUGCUGAUGAUGUGGCUCCAAAGUCAGACUCCUGGGGGACUCGGGCUGGCAUUCGGCGUCGGGUAUCGGUUGUAUAAUAGCGCUGCCCUAGUUAUCUCUCUGUGAGGCGAGGAUCCUUCCAUUGACUAGCCGCUGUGAGGUGUCCUAAAAUCUUGUGUGAAGAAGCCCAUUGGUACAGCCCAAUGUGAACCCCUCAAAGAAGCCAGAAGUGUUGCUGGCCUGAAUCAGCUACUAUUAAAAUAAGGAUCCCCGCCCCCCUUCUGGUAUCCGGGUGGAGCUAGUUGAAGACAAAUCCUCCUUUACGUGUUAACUCAGAGCAGAAACAGCCAUCGAUAAAUACCAUGCAUCUUUUAAGGGCAUCGUGCUCCCGUGUUCGUGUUACUAAGAGGAGCUCUUUGUUCUGCCUUUGAUGUGUGGUGCAUUCAUGAAAGUCUUCAGCACCUCCGCGAAAGAAAACUUUGUGUGAUGUGAUCCUCAUGGUCCAGGAAAGAAAGAUACCUGCUCAUCGUGUUGUCCUUGCUGCAGCCAGUCAUUUUUUUAACUUAAUGUUCACAACUAACAUGCUUGAAUCAAAAUCAUUUGAAGUAGAACUCAAAGAUGCUGAACCUGACAUUAUUGAACAACUUGUGGAAUUUGCUUAUACUGCGAGGAUUUCUGUGAAUAGCAACAAUGUGCAGUCUUUGUUAGAUGCAGCAAACCAGUAUCAAAUUGAACCUGUGAAGAAAAUGUGUGUUGAUUUUUUGAAAGAACAAGUUGAUGCUUCAAAUUGUCUUGGUAUAAGUGUUCUAGCAGAGUGCCUAGACUGCCCCGAAUUGAAAGCAACUGCAGAUGACUUUAUUCAUCAGCAUUUUACUGAAGUUUACAAAACUGAUGAGUUUCUACAACUUGAUGUUAAGCGAGUAACACACCUCCUCAACCAGGACACUCUGACUGUGAGAGCAGAGGAUCAGGUUUAUGAUGCUGCAGUCAGGUGGUUGAAAUACGAUGAACCUAAUCGCCAGCCAUUUAUGGUUGAUAUCCUUGCUAAAGUCAGGUUUCCUCUUAUAUCAAAGAAUUUCUUAAGUAAAACAGUACAAGCUGAACCACUUAUUCAAGACAAUCCAGAAUGCCUUAAGAUGGUGAUAAGUGGAAUGAGAUAUCAUCUGCUGUCUCCAGAGGAUCGAGAAGAACUGGUAGAAGGAACUAGGCCCAGAAGAAAGAAACAUGACUACCGCAUAGCCCUAUUUGGAGGCUCCCAGCCACAGUCUUGUAGAUACUUUAACCCAAAGGAUUAUAGCUGGACAGACAUCCGCUGCCCCUUUGAAAAACGAAGAGAUGCAGCGUGUGUGUUCUGGGACAACGUAGUAUACAUUUUGGGUGGCUCUCAGCUUUUCCCCAUAAAACGAAUGGACUGCUAUAAUGUAGUGAAGGAUAGCUGGUAUUCCAAGCUGGGCCCUCCAACACCUCGAGAUAGCCUUGCUGCCUGUGCUGCAGAAGGCAAAAUCUAUACAUCUGGAGGUUCAGAAGUGGGAAACUCUGCUCUGUAUUUAUUUGAGUGCUAUGAUACAAGAACUGAGAGCUGGCACACCAAGCCCAGCAUGCUGACUCAGCGCUGCAGCCACGGGAUGGUGGAAGCCAAUGGCCUUAUCUAUGUUUGUGGUGGAAGUUUAGGGAACAAUGUUUCUGGGAGAGUGCUGAAUUCCUGUGAAGUUUAUGAUCCUGCCACAGAAACGUGGACUGAACUGUGUCCAAUGAUUGAGGCUAGGAAGAAUCAUGGAUUGGUAUUUGUAAAGGACAAGAUAUUUGCUGUGGGAGGUCAGAAUGGUUUAGGUGGUCUGGACAAUGUGGAGUAUUACGAUAUUAAAUUAAACGAAUGGAAAAUGGUCUCACCAAUGCCGUGGAAGGGUGUAACAGUGAAAUGCGCAGCAGUUGGCUCUAUAGUUUAUGUCUUGGCUGGUUUUCAAGGUGUGGGUCGUUUAGGACACAUUCUUGAGUAUAAUACUGAAACAGACAAAUGGGUCGCCAACUCCAAAGUCCGUGCUUUUCCAGUAACAAGUUGUUUAAUUUGUGUUGUUGAUACUUGUGGAGCAAAUGAAGAGACCCUCGAAACAUGAAAAAUGAAUGAACUUCAAGACUCAUCAGAGACUCAAAAAUGUGGCCACCAGUGCUUUGUUUAAAAAUUUUGGUUACAUAGUUUUGGUUUGGAGUUUAGCUUUUUAUUUUAAAGAAAGUUUUAAGUAAAAUUAGCUCCCUGUAAAAUAAAUGUUUGUUUUAUAUGGAUUUCCUUACUUAAAUAGAAAACACUGUAGCUGGCCAGGUAGCCAGGAACAUACUUAGCAAAAGAACUUGAGAAAUUAUCAGCAUUUGGUGAAAAUAUGAAUUCUUGAAUGACUUUCACAUUUGUAACUAUGAUUACGGCAGAGUGGGAGAUUGGCUUAUCGGUGAAGCAGCCUCAUCUUAGCUCUAGAUUCUAUUUUUGUACAUCAUAGAAAUGUGUAGUUUGAUCUGUUAUUUCAGCUCAGUCAAGAACGAAGGGAUAGUACAAAUUGCAAAUCAAAAGGACAACUCUGGUGGAACAGCUUAGUCUCAUGUCAUUUUUGCUUGUCCUCAUAUACUUCGUUUAGUGCCAAAUGAAUUCCAGUUUUUAAGUAAGCCCAGAGUGUGCCCAGGCACACACACACACUCACAAAACCUCAUAAACAGAUUUUUGGCAUUAAAAAUGUAGCAACUUCUCAUGAAAGACAUUCAAUCAUUAAAUAUAUCCUGUCUUUUUAACACAAAAUCUCUAGGUCAGCAUCCAUCCAAUUAACUUACUUCACUUUUAAAAACAUGAAAAUAUUUUCACUUUUCGGUGUUUAAAAUAAAAGAUUUUGCCUCUUCAGUCCUUACUGUUAAAUAAAAGCAAAUCCUAAUAAGAAUUAUUAACUAGCAAAAGGUAAAGCUAUUUACAAUAAUUUUCUCGAUUGCUAGAAUAGCACUGAUAGUUGGUACCAUAAUGUCAGUGUUAACUUUGAACUUCUUAAGGAUCAAAAAGAUACAUGAUUUUGUUUUCUUUUUUUCUCUUAGCAGAACACAGCAUGUGUGUGUGUGUGUGUGUAUAUAUAUAUAUAUUUUCAAACCAGUGAUCUCUAAAAGUUUUGUAAAAAUUGCAAUUUUAGAUAUAUGUCAGAUCUCAUCUUGGUUGCUUUCAUGUGUUCAAUAAAUCUUUUACAAACCCAACUACUCGUUUCUUUCCUAGUAAUGUUUUUCCCUUAGCACUACUAUAGAAUGAGCCAUGUAAAGCUGUCACUAUCAAUGUUUUCAUCUGAUAAUAUUAAAUAUAUUUUAACU